UGCCAUUUCCAGUGGAGACCAACCUAACGAUAUUUAGAGAAGGACGAUUGUUUUGUUAUUGAACAAACAGUGGUAUCAAAAAAUCUUAUUGAUUUAAAGGUGCAUGGAAUUGCUGGAGACUAUCAAAACCUUUUAAAGAAUUUUUGAAGCAUAUAGUAAGUUAUAACAGAAGCUUUGAAUAAUGCCGCCUGUGGAAAUCCAGUGGUGCGAUCAUUCCUCUGUCUUGCUGGAGUAUUUGCGUCAACUUUAUGAGGAAGGUCGUUUUGUCGACGUUGGUUUAGAAUGUGAGGGACGCCAAGUCAAAGCUCAUAAGGCUGUUAUAUCUGCCUGCAGUCCAUAUUUAGAGGGUUUAUUGAAGGGUAAUCCAGCUAGAAGCCAUCUUAUAAAAUUCAAUGGAUAUUCUUACACCAGUUUACGAGCGGUCAUAGAUUUUAUGUAUAAUGGCAAGGUCAUGGUUGAACAAGAACAGCUUGCCGCAUUCCUUAAAUUAGGCCGUGCCCUCCAGGUGAGAGGGAUCUUAGAUAUUGCAGCACAGUGUGAAGAGGCAGGUCUUACUACAGCAGAGGAAACAAAAUCCAAUGCCCAGUAUAGUACCACAGUCCAGCAGCCGCCAAAGGCAGCCCCACAAACUCCAGCAGCCAAAGCAGUACAGCAGAGUGGAGCCACUGCUGCUGAAACAAAGAAAUAUGCUUUCUUAUUAGAUAAAGGAUCCACGAAUCCAACCAAAAAGCCUGGUCCACAGUUUCGGAAGGUGAUGCCGAAUAUAAUAGGUACUGUGGACCAACAAGGAAAUAUUGCCAAAGUACAAGGCAUUGGUGCACAACAGGUAGCGCAACAACAAACACAUCAUGCGCAAACUGUACAGCAGGCACAACCUACACAGACAGUACAACAAGUUGUGCAGCAAGGACAAGCCGUUCAACGUCAGCAGGUACAGCAGGCAACCGAGGAGACAGUAGGUGAUGAUCAGAGCCAACAGCAGCAGCAGCAAGAAGCCGCCCCUACAACCUUGGAAGAAUUGCAACAGGCCCUCUCUUCAGGACAAGCUAUAUUGCAAACAGCAGACAAUGGCUCCGAACAGACGUUACAGAUGGUUGAAGGACAGUGUGUGGUAACAGGUUCAGGCCAGACAUACGUAGUUGUUCAGGAAGGAGACAAUAUCAGUUUUGUACCUGCAGAAAUGGUGCAAGGUGACCUAGGCCCAGAAGUCAACGGCGGACAGGUGGUUGAAGGGUUGGAUCCAGUGGAACAACAGCUUGCACAGAUGGAAGGCCAAGUACUUUCUCACAAUCAGGUGAUUGAAGGCUCGGGUCAGCAACAAACGACAGGUAAUACUGGCCAGGCAGGGAGUGGUGCCAAUGCUGGGGGUGAUUCUGGGUCCCUAGACACCAUGAGUGUGGUUGAAUCUCUGGUGAAGCUUGGUGAGAAACAACCUACAGAGAAUGAAAAUGGAUCUGGAGAGGAAGCUACAGAGGUUGGUGCUGAUAUGCCGAGCCUUGAUGGAGAUGGAACUGAUGACGCAACAGAGGUUGGUGCAUCAAUGCCUUGUAUAGGAGAAGAAGAUGAAACGGGGGCUGGAGAAGGGGAAGAGGAAAUGGAGACUGAUGUAGCCACUGAAGAAGAUACUGGCAAACGAAGGAGACAACCCACCCAGAAGAUGAUAGAAGCCAUGGGUAUGCUGAAGAGAAAAAUUCCAGAAUCUCCAACACAAGGUGGCAGAGGUAAAAAAAUGAAAUAAUUAGACACUGGAUCUUCACAUUCUUCUUGAUCGUUAGGAUUACUUAAGACUUAGGGGAAAUUCUACAGAUGGCAGCAGUCGCAUAAAAUAGAGGAGAUCUCGGACUUACUUUUUUUUUUUAUUUAAUUCCUUUAUUUUUCACAUUUGCUGCUCUACUUUAAAAGUGUUUGGGUAAUUUGUUGAAUUGAUUAUUUUUCUGUAUAGUAGAAUCCAUUGUAAAAUGUUUCCUGAGUCCUUUUGUGUACAUAGUUAUCAUCUCUGUAGAUUAAGGUCUUGUCAAGUUAUUUUAGCGCUGUUGAUGAUGAACUUAUUCACAUAAAUCCUACCUUGAGAGUCUAGUAAUGUUGCAAUUCCAUAUAUGCUGUUUUUGUUGACAAGGUAGUGAUUAUUGCCAAUAUUCAAUAUCACAGUCACUCUCUCUUACUUGAUUUAGUCAAGUUAGUUAUACUACAGUACUCAUCAGCUUUUGAUACUUGACUUGUUAAUCAAAUUCAAUUUUAUAAAUUGUCAGUGCUUCAUUUGUGAUGCAAGCUAAGAAUUUUGUGUAGGCAUCCAGUUUUGACUUGAAAUUGACUAAAUAAUUUCUUGAGUGUAGUUUUAACAAAGGAAAAAUGACUCCAAUUAUGAUCUUGUUUUGGUAAUAAAAAGUCUGUCUCUUUUGUUUUGUAUAUGAAGCAGUGUUUGAAGGGAUACCAUGUAAUGUAUGGAUUUUAGUAAGUCAUUGACUACUGAUAGUGGUUGCUACCAUUUCCAAGCUCAUAGAUUAUUAUUGUCUCUGUGUCUUGUAGGAUAGGUUACAGUUCACUUUGUUUUUUAGUCAUGUGGAAAGUACCUGUUUAUAUGUUACUGUUGCUAUUUCAUUCGGCAUUGUAAAAUACCAUAUUGAAAGUACCUUGCUUCUUUUCUAAGGUGUAGUAAACUUUUCAUUGCCAGCAAAAACUUCCUCCUCUUUCUCUACCCAACAUCAUUGAUUUUUUCCCAGGUUUCAACAUUUAUUUUGACCAUCUCUAAUUUGAUGUUUUCUUGGCUUGCUCAUUCAUUUAUUCGACUUGUGCAUUCUCAUUCGUAUUUCGCUAUCUAUUGUAGCUGUGUUUGUAAUCAGUGUACAUAAGUCUAGUGGCUCUUUUGUAAUAGUUAUUAGCAUAUAGAACUAUAUAGGGAUGUACACACACAGUUUAUAACAAAGUUGGCCGGACAUUGUUUCAGCUUCUAAUACAUUCAUUUUGUGGGUUGAAAACAGAUUUUAACAUCAAAGGAAAAUAAAUUACAGUGAUAGAAUACUUCAGUCAAAGUUUUGCAAAAAUAAUUGAAUUACGAGCAACACAUACUACUUUGAAUCAUGGUCAACCGUGUUAUAAUUUCUGGGAUUCUCUUCGUUUUUGAUGUCAACUUGCUGCCGAUGAUGUGUAGUACAGUAAUGAAAAGGUGGGAAAUAUUUAGAAGUGUACUUUUAUAUCCUUAAGUUCUAAAUCCGUCUGUACCCACAGAUCUGUUGCAGUUUAAAAGAACGGAAGGCCUAGUUGUCAUGCCGAUAUGAAGACUAUGAUAAAGGCUGUAAUAACUAAUAAUAACUGUACUUGUAUGCUUAACUGUAAAACAUUUAUAUCUUAGUGUACUGUUGACUGUACAUGUUGGUGAAGUAGAGAAGAGCAAGAAGUACAGUGUUCUGUUGCUACUCUGGAAAUUCAUAAGUGAUGUGUGCUUGGCUGAGUGAAUGACCUUUUUUGCCCUCAGCCUGACCAAAGGAAUACUGGAGGGUACGACUUGUAGUUUCAACGAUUAAAAAUAGUAAAUAC